UCUCCAUUUAUCUAUUCAGAUAUUUGUUCCUGUACGCAUGCUUUGGUUUUAUUUUAUUAAGUUAUCUUGCCAGCUCAGGAUUAGUUUGAAGAUUAGCUUGCUUUGAAGAACUAGUUUUUGUUUUGUUUGUUUACAUUCUGCCUUUAUUAUUUUUACAAAUAACUUAAGGCAGUGAGUAUAUCCAACACAAUUUCCUCCAAUUCUCCCCGCAACAAAGACCCUGUGAGGUGGAUUGCUCUGAGAGAGAUUGACUGUCUCAAGGUCAGUCAGCUGACAUUCAUGGCUAAGGCAAGAAUUGAAUUUGACCAUCUUCUGCUUUCUAACCUGGUGCCUCUUAACUCACGAAGCUUUCCUGAUCCGCUCCCAAGUUGCCAUAGACGGGGAUGGGAAAUCACAGCUGCACUGAGGAAUUUGUACUUCAGUCAAAACAAAAUACAUCCUAGCAACCCAAAGGCAAGCCCAUCUCCACAGACCCUAAUGGUCAGAUCAAGUGACUUCUACGACCUGCGAAAUUGCUUCGUUGGGGAGAGGAGGAAACAGGGCCAGGUGCAAACUGGGUGAAGUCAGAGCUGGCUUCACUUGGUUCGUGCCGACAUGGCACUUGUAAUAAACAACUGAAUUUUUCUUGAAAAAUGACUUGAGGCUCCUGCAUUUAUUAGGGCAUUGGUCGGAACCCUGACAGCACCUUAAUCACUAGGCCAAACUGAUUUUAGUUUUAGCUUAUUUAUUUUCAAAGAAAGGAGAAGGAUACAUUUCAGUUAAGAAUAGAUCAGUGUCUGGACACGUACGAUGAGAUUGAACCUACUAGUUUGAAUUCAAAAUGAGUUUUUUCAGGCACAGAAUUUGAGAUGUUUGAAAUUCACAUUAAUGCACCUUUAGUUAAUUUGUAGUGUUUUUGCCUGACCUUACUCUUUUAUGGAAUUGGCUUUUGGCAUUUCUCUAAUUGUAGCUGAUACCUUCAUAUAUUUAGUGGGGACCAGGAAAAUUCCAGGAUUAGUUUGAGUAGGUCUUGGUAAACUGCCUGAUAAUGUGGGGAAAGUGGCACUAUACAAGUUAUUUAUUUUUACUUUUUUUCCUAGCAACUUUUCUUAGAUUCUUUAUUCUUUUAUUGCUUUUAAAAUGACAGCAACAGAAAAAGUCCACAGAGAUAGAAGUACGUGCAUUGUCAAUGAAAAGAGAAAAACAGUUUUUAAAAAAAGGUGGAAAAAAUUACAACAAAGAGAAAAAGAAAAAAAAUAUCAUUUUAGCUGAAAAUAGUUACACUUAUAUGUAUAGUUAUCUAAUGCAAUUAUUAGUCAUGUACCCAUAUUUCUAAUACAAUUAUAUAAUUAUUCUAUUUCAUGAUAGUUACUUUGUAUUGUCUAUAAAUGAAUUCCAUAUCCCAUGACAUUUGUCCAUAGAAGAUUAGGAGUAUAUGCAAUUUGCUCUAGGUGGCUUGUACAAUCAGGUCUUCAAUCCAUUGGGUGAAAAGAGCCAUACGUUUAUCUUUCCAAUAACUCUUCUUAGAUUCUUAAUUUUAAAUUCUAGAACCUAAACUCAUAUUGUAAUAUUUUUAUGCAACUUGUUUGUGUGUUUCCAAGGUACAUCUAUCUGCUGAACCAAUUUGAAAAGGAAGUUCAAUUAGGUGGCCAGGCAUGAUACAACAAGCUUUUCUUACAGUUUUGAAACAUUUUUGCAAAAGUGCAUAGCAUAACUACUCUUUCCAUGAGUAGGUUUUACCACCAAGGAGUAUAUCUAGAUCUAGUAGCAUGGUUAUAUUCUUUGAAAUACUUCUAUCUUGUUAACAGAGUUUCAUUUUAUCAAACAGAACAAGACAGUAGUACAUUUGAUUGGUGGGUCAUUCCAUGUCAAGUGGUCUGGGGCCCCCAGGUCGACCAUCACGGAUUUUGAUGAAAUUUACAUGCACAUAUGUAGAUGUAUUUAAUUCAGUGAAUGUUCUGUCGCAAAAGUUGAACAGAUCUAUCGGCAUCAGUAUUUAGUCAGUUGAUGGUCGCUGGAGGCUGGCUUGAGCAAUCAAAUGUUUAUUCGUGCCACCAACUCCAUCGCAUAGUGAUUUGGUGAAACAAAAACACGGACUUAUAUCUUCAGUCCAAAAGAAGAAAUUGAAGAAAGCAGGAUACUGCAAGAAGAAAGAUGGAAAGUUAGCAGCACGGGGGAGACUUCCUGUGGCAACGCAGGCUUCGUGGACGUCCCUUUGGGAUCGUCUGCCCUGGAUUUUGUCAAACUGUUUCUGACAGCGUAAAUCGGCUGUCAGACGGUUUGAAAAUUCUUCCCCCGGGAGAAGGGGGAGGGAAGAGUGGUCAGAUUUGGGUAGAGCUCCCCAGGAGCCCCUGCAAUUAAACCAGGGGCACGCAGGGUGAGAGCCCCCCUCCGGCCUGACGAAGCUCCGUACCCAGGGUGCUUCUGUUUAUACAGAACAAGAAGCCGCGACCAUUUCUGUGCCGAGGAUUAUUUUUAAAGAGAACUCAACGCAGACAGAACGAAGCAGGAGGAUAAGCAAGAGGAUUUGCAAGUAAUAAACCUUAACUUCGGCUUUUAAAUAGCUUUCCUUUGAACUAAUUGUGGACUAACUUUCAAUAUGGGCGGACCUAAAAUGGCACUCGCAAUACACAAAGGAAAGUAAAAGUUAAAGAGCUGCUUGUUAAAGCCAUCAGUGUUUUUAGCGAUGUUUAAAGCCGCUGUUUCUAUUUGAUAAAAGACAGUUGGAAUUAAUUGGAAGAACUAUAAUUAGUUAAUAUUUCUGCCAGAGACUGUUGGAGAUUUUUAAAUAUAACUACAAAAGGAUAAAGGAAGAGAUUUUAAGACUCUGGUUGCAGAGAAAUUUAAAAAGACUUUUUACUAAUUUUAAGAAAUAAAGCUUAAAAGAAGAUGGCAGCUAAGCAAUUAAAAAAAACUGCUUCUAAAAGUGUUGGAGUAUCCCCAGCAGCAUCCCCAGCUCAUACAGCAGAUACUAAAGCAUUAAAUUUGGAAGCAUUACAGGAAAACCUGAAAGAUUUUGUGAAAGAAUCUCUGAAUGAUGCUAUAAAUUUGCAAACUUCUCUUAUUGAAGAGAAAUUUAAACAAAUGGCAGAUGAGAUGAUUGAAGUGAAAAAUCAGAUGUUGGAGAUGAAAAAUCAGAUGUUAGAAAUUCAAGUAGGAAAUAAAGAAAUUAAGGAAGGAUUUGUCUCAGCAGUUCAAAGUUUGGCAUCAAAUAUGAUUUUGUUGGAAGAAGAGGUAGAGGAAAUUAAGCAAGUUAAUUUAAAGUUGGAAAAUAAAAUGGAGGAGAUUCAGAUCAAAGUGGAAAAAGCAGAUGAUGAAAUUGUUUUGGUACAAUAUAGGGCAAUGGAAUUUGCUUUAAGAAUUAGGGGGUUAAAGGAAGAUAAACAGUAGAACUUGAGGGAAAUAUUUUCUGAAGCAUUUGCAGAGGUAUUAGCAGUCCGACCAGCAGAGGUGGCUUUUCAAAUUGAUAAAAUUUACGGUGUGAAUUCUUGGAUUGCCAGGCAGAGAAAGUUGCUGAGAGACGUAGUUAUUUAUUUUACAACAAGAAAAGUGAGAAAUGAAAUUUUACAAGCUUCCUAUAAGGGGGAGAAAAUACAAGCUGCUGGUGAAGAAAUUUUAAUAUUAAAAGAAAUCCCUCCUAAAAUGUUGAGAAGUAGAAAAGAAUAUGCAUUUCUGGUGAAUGAACUUUAAAAGCAACAGAUAAGAGUACAGAUGGGAUAUUCCGGCUGGAAUAAUAAUAAUAAUAAUUAUGCAGGCAAAGCACAUCGUCUUAAUAUUAUUUGGAAAGCAAGAGAUUAUUAUGUUAAUGUACUUAAAGCUGGAAGUUCACCUUCACCAGAAGGUAGGAGGAAAGAGGAUGAAGCAAAGAGGUGAAAAGAACUGAAAUUACAAGAACAAGCUGGAGUUAUAGUUAUGGAAGAAGACUUGUUGCAAGUGGUGGAUAUAUUUAAAGUGGGAUUAGAAGGCGUAAAAGAACAAAGGUUGACAAGGGCAGCUACUAAACAUAAGGAACAAGAAGUAAAGGCCCAACAAGCUCAACUGGCAACUACCACAACUGAAACAGUGGGAGGAGCAAGGCCCAAAACAAAAUAUGAUUUGCGGCUGGUGCUUCAAAAGUUUCAGCCUACCGAUAAUGGCAAUUAGACUUUUAUCUUGGAAUGUUAAUGGUUUAAAUUCACCACAGAAGAGAAGGAAGAUAUUUCAUUAUUUGAAACAAUUUAAAAAUGAUAUAGUUUGUCUACAAGAAACCUAUAUUAGAACUUUAGAUCAAAAAUAUUUGAUAAAUUCAAGACUGGGUACACAUUUUGCUGCUUCGGCUCCAGAGAAAAAGAAUGGAAUUGUCAUAUAUUUAAAGAAAGGCUUAAUAGCAAAAUUAAUUGAGGUGGACAAUCAAGGAAGAUAUAUUGCAAUUGAACUCUUAUUGGAGGUGAAAAAGAUACUUUUAAUUGGAGUUUAUGCACCUAAUCAACAACAGGAAAAAUUUUUUUUAAUUUCUACAUAAUAGAAUAGUACAUUGGGAUUAUAGAUCACAUAUACUAAUGGAUGAUUGGAAUGGAAUGAUGGAUACCCGAAAAAGCAAAAAAGGAUUACAAAAUAUUUCAAGUUGUGCGAAACUGCCAAAAGUCUUUUUUGAUAUGAUGGAAGAUUUAGAAUUAAGAUACUUGGCGAGAACGCAAUAUGGUGAAGAAGUCCAAGAUAUGUCCAAGAAUUUUAUCUGAUCAUUGUCCAGUUUGGAUAGAAUUGGAUCAGGAAAAGGGAGUUAGAAGAUCAUGGAGGUUGAAUGAAAAUUUGUUUAAAUAUGAGCAAAAUGUAAAAGAAUGUAAAAAACAAAUGAAAGAAUUUUUUGUUAUGAAUAUGCAGAAAGGUACAUCUAUAGAGAUGGUUUGGGACGCUAGUAAGGCCUAUAUGAGGGAAGUUUUAAUACAUAUGAACAUUAAAUAUAGAAAUAAAUUGCAGAAGAAGAGAAUGGAGCUAGAGGAGGAAAUUAAAAGAAAAGAGCAGUUACUCGCAAAUAAUCCAGGAGAUAAAAAAAUAAAAGAAUCUAUAAAUAUAUUAUGAGGGCAGUUUAAUAUGAUGAUGGCAGACCAAGUCGCAACUAACUUACAAUAUGUUAAGCAUAAUACCUUUAAUAAUGCUAAUAAGCCUGGAAGGUGGUUUGCCUAUUUAAUAAGAAAGAAACAGAAACUACAUACUAUUGGUAAGAUAGAAUAUAGAGGCAAAAAUGUAUAUCAACAAAAUUUGAUUAAAAAAGCCUUUUUAGAAUUUUAUACAAAGUUAUACGUUAGAGAUUGUAUCAAAGAUAUAGAUAUAGAAAGAUACUUACAGGAGCAAGGUAUUCAAGAAAUUACAGCAGAGCAACGGGAGGAAUUGAAUCAACUUAUAACUUCAGAAGAAAUAAUUUUAGCAAUUAAACAGCUUAAAAUGAGUAAAGCACCAGGAACAGAUAGUUUAACAGCUGUUUAUUAUAAAAAUUUACAAAAUGAGAUGGUGGAACCGCUUAAGGAAUUGUUUAACAGAAUUCAAUUUGGAAGAGAAGUACCUCCUUCGUGAAGGACAGCUUUUAUUUCGCUAAUACCGAAGGAAGAUCAAGACCAGAAAAUUAUAGGCCAAUAUCGCUUUUAAAUACUGAUUAUAAGAUUUUUGCUAAGAUAUUAGCAAAUAUAUUAAUGCCAGUUAUGAGUCAAAUAAUUCACAAUAAUCAAUCAGGAUUUAUUAGGGGGAGACAAUUGAGAAAUAAUAUGAGACAAAUUGUAAAUUUAUUGGAAUAUUUAGAAAGAAACAGCCAGGUUCCAGCAGUGCUCUUUUUUCCGUUAUUGUGGAGACAGCAGUCAGUGUGGGUAUAACUCCUCUGUUCCGAUUGGACAACUGAGUCUGUUGAAGCUGUAAAGUCCUGCCCCUUGCUGCCAAGAAGCCCAGCAUUUGACUCAGUUGUUCAACUUGGACGGAUGUGUUGUGAGAUUCUCCUUUCCUGACUGGAAAGUGCUUUAAAUUGUGAGUGUUUUGUUUGUUUCCCAAGGAAAUCCCUUUUUCUUUAAAACUAACUCUGAGGCACUUGUUUAUAUUGGAGUGCCCUCUGCUGUCUGCAGAUGGAUUUUUUUUUUUAUCUGCUUCAAUCCCGUUGAAAGGCAGGCGUUCCGGGAUUCUUUUGGUGGGGUCUAGCGCCCCCGAAGACAGCAGAGUUUUGAUGGGUGGAGUUUUAUUUAUUUAUUUAUUUAUUUCAGUUUUUAUACCGCCCUUCUCCCGAAGGACUCAGGGCGGUGUACAGCCUAGUAAAAAUACAAUGUAUAAACAUUAAAAAGAACUUAAAAAGAAAUAUUAUAACGUGGCCAAAAUUUUUAAAACCAUUUAAAAUCAUAAGACAUAAAUACCCCAAUAAAAUAUCAAUCCAGUCCCGCUUGAAUAAAUAGGUGCGUUUUCAGCUCACGGCGAAAGGUCCGAAGAUCAGGCACUUGACGUAAACCAGGGGGAAGUUCAUUCCAGAGCGUAGGAGCUCCAACAGAGAAGGCCCUUCCCCUGGGGGCCGCCAGCCGGCAUUGCUUGGCGGACGGCACCCUGAGAAGGCCCUCUCUGUGUGAGCGUACGGGUCGGUGGGAGGCAAAAGGUAACAGCAGGCGGUCCCGUAAGUACCCGGGUCCUAAGCCAUGGAGCGCUUUAAAGGUGGUAACCAAAAUCUUGAAGCGCACCCGAAAGACCACAGGAAGCCAGUGCAAGCUGCGCAGGAUUGGUGUUACAUGGGAGCAACAAGUCGCUCCCACUAUUACCCGCGCAGCUGCAUUCUGAACUAGCUGCAGCCUCCGGGUGCACUUCAAGGGCAGCCCCAUGUAGAGAGCAUUGCAAUAGUCCAAGCGGGAAGUGACAAGGGCAUGAGUGACCGUGCAUAAGGCAUCCCGGUCAAGAAAGGGGCGCAACUGGCGCACCAAGCGUACUUGGUGGAAGGCCCUCCUGGAGACGGCCGCCAAAUGAUCGUCAAACGACAGCCGCCCAUCCAAGAGGACACCCAAGUUGCGCACCCUCUCUGUUGGGGCCAAUAACUCGCCCCCCACAGCCAGCUGCGGCUGCAGCUGACUGUACCGGGGUGCCGGCAUCCACAGCCACUCCGUCUUGGAGGGAUUGAGCUUGAGUCUGUUUCUCCCCAUCCAGACCUGUACGGCUUUACUCUCCCGAUAUCUCAAGAGCAGCUUACAGCGCUGCUGAGGGCUUGCCGAGCGGUUUUUUUAGUUAGAAUUUUUUGCCAUUCGGCUCUUAUCUUAGUUUUAUCGCUCCCAUGUGGGUAGCCUGCUUUAUACCCAGCCCUCUGUCUCCUCAGUGUGUGCGAUCCGCUUUUUUGCCGCCAAAACUUUUUUUCAAACAAAAUUCAAAAGGCAGCAGGAGACUUGGAGAGCUUCUAGCUCGCCCUGCCCCCCUGCUUAUUCACGUGGUGGCAGCCAUUUUAGAGGCAUUGUGUGCAAACUUUCAGUUCGAGUUGGAGCUCAGGAAUUUUUCUCUGGGAGCGUAAAGUGCUGAAGUGGGGCGUUGGAACUUUGUGCUCAUUAUUGAUUAACACCUGCCUUUCUGCAGAGAAUCCCUGCUGAGCAGCCAGCUUUAAAUAGCAUAACAGGUUUUUUUCGACCGUUUGCGUUUCCUCCUCCCUGCUGGCGGCCACCAUUUUGGGGGCGCAGUUUAUCUGAGAUUUCUAUUGGCAUUGUUGUACUUCUGGACCUUACCAUCAUAUAUAAACAUGCCAAAGGCCUUGGCCAAAUCUAUCAAAUGCCGGGGAGCAGACUCCCCUCAGAGAGAUGAUUCAGGCCCAUCUGGAGAUCCUUCCUCUGGGGCUCCUACUUCUAAGAGCAGUCGCUCUUCCAAGCAGUCCCCAAGGCCCAUUCUUAUUCUAGCCAUAGUAAGGCUUCCAAAGCUUCUCUACGGGAUGAGCAAAGGAGAGAUCAAGCCAUUAAAAAGAUUUCUAGCAAGGCAAUUCCAACUUUAUCCUCCUCUGCAGUAAUUAGCCCAGGGCCUGUUGUUCCAGCUGGGGUUCUUACUCAAGAAGGCUUAACUGCCACUUCUCCAGACCAAUCUUCUUUAUAAUGCUGCCCAGUUGAUAUUCCCACAGAGGCAUUGUGGGGUGGAUCCCUUCCCCCAGUCAUUCAAUCAGUGGAUGUGCCCACGGUUUUGGCUUCUGAGGAUGUUCCUCAUCCAGCUUCUUCUAUUGUACAUCAGCCUGUGGGUCGGGAGGCAGAGCAAGAGUUACCGGUUUCUCCUCACAUUCAGGCUAUCAUCGAGCAAACGAUUCAAAAGACUCUCAUUUUGGGCCUUCAGUUAUCAGGGCGUGCUCCUUCAGCUCGUUCCAUGGCUUCAGUGAUGGGAGAUGAUCCUGAAAGGGAAGAAUUACAGUCACAGCUGGAUUCAAUUUCUCCUGCUCAAUCAAUUGUCAGUCAACAUUCCUUUUUGGAGGAGUUGGAACGUGCAGAUCCCGACCUGUCUGAGGAUGAAGGGUUACUUCCUGAACAACCAGCUUUUACCAGCCUUUUUCCACCUAAUCUUUUUAAGUCAUUGCUGUUUAAGGCAAAAAAUGUGGCACAAUUGGGUUCUUCCUCUGCUCAAUCAGUAGCAUCAUCCUCCAAGGAUGCGUCAGACCUUGUAUUUUCCGAACCAGCCCAUGUUGUUGAUACUAUACCUGCACCUGGUCUGUUUAUAGAAGUAGUCAAACGCCAGUGGUCUGCUCCCAGUUCUUCAACGAUUCCAACUUCAGCAGAUAAACGCUUCUUUAAUGUAGAUCCUGAUUUGUCUUCAGUUCUCCAAACUCCUACUGUGGAUGUUCCGGUAGCGGCUUUGUCUGCUUCUUCAUCCAUUUCAGGCCAACCAGAAGAAGGUUUACGGCCGGAGGACAGACGGACGGAGCAGGUGCUCCAGAGAGCACAUCAGGGGUCUGCCUGGGCCAUCCGCUCAGCUUCUUCAGCUUUCUUUAAUAGACCUACUUUGCUGUGGCUUCGACAAUUACAGGAAAAGCUUCCCGCGGGGGAUACCCGUAUCCAUCAGGAUUUGAACAAGAUCAUUGCAGCUGUUCAAUUUUCGGCGGAUGCCACUUUACAUUCCAUGUGUUUUGCAUCUAAGUCCAUGGCUUCAGCCCUGACAGCGCGACGACUGCUCUGGCUUCGUCAAAGGCAGGCCAAUGUCCGCCAUAAAUGGAGAUUAGCGUCUGCUCCCUUCGCCGGAGAAUUCCUUUUUGGUGCUGCAUUAGAACCGUUAUUAAUUGAGACCAAAGAUAAAAGAAAAGUUUUGCCUAUAGUACAUCGCAGAGGGGACAGUCGUUUCCACCCUUUUUCUCUUCAUCCUUCCUUUCGAAGUUCUGAUUGGGAGGGCCAGUACUUCCAAGUUUCAGGGCUCUUGGCACCCUAGACAGAGAGGAGGUCAGGAUAGAUCCUCCCGUGGCAGGCCUUUUUCAUCUAAGCGGCCCUUUCGGGGUGGAGGAAGCCGCCCCUUCAGGCAUCAUCGUUAAGUGCAUUACUGAUUCUCCCGUUGGUGGCAGAUUGGCCCUUUUUGCAGACCAAUGGGAGUAUACUACUUCAGAUCUCUGGGUCAACAACACGAUUAGAUACGGUUUAUCUCUGGAGUUUGUUUCUACUCCACCAAAUUUUCACAUCCGCUGUACUCUUUCUAGGGACAGGGAUAAGCAGGCUCUAAUGUCUUCAGCGGUCAAACAUUUGCUGGACAUUAGGGUGAUUCAUUCAGUUCCGGUACAUCAACAGGGACAGGGGUUUUAUUCCCUUUUAUUUUUAGUACCUAAGUCUUCUGGCGGGUGGAGACCCAUAUUAGACCUUAAGAGAUUGAACCGUUUCAUCGUGUAUCGUAAGUUUAAAAUGCACUCUCUUCGUUCGAUUUUAGAUGGCAUUAGGAAGGGCGACUUCCUUACCUCCAUUGACCUCACUGAGGCUUACCUGCACAUCCCCAUUCUUCCUGAUCACCGGAAGUUUCUCCGGUUUUGUUAUAAAGGGGUCCAUUAUCAGUGUAGGGCCUUGCCGUUUGGGUUGUCCUCUGCUCCGAGAGUCUUCACCAAGAUAUUAGCUGCCCUAGCGGCUCAUCUUAGGGCCAUUCCGAUACGACUCUACUGCUACUUAGAUGAUAUUUUAAUUUUGUCAUCUUCAGAGACAAAAGCUAGAGAGGAUAGAGAGGAUCCUCUCUAGGAUAGAGAGAAAGAGAGGAAAGAGGAUAGAGGAAAGCUAGAGAGGAUAGAGAGGGCUAGAGAGGAUCUCCGGGUCGUUGUUCAUGUUGUGUCUUGCCCGCCCUCAGAGCAGCCGGGGCCUUCUUACCUGCUCCCGCACACUGAGGAAUGUAUGCCUCCCGG